CGGGGAGAGCGGAUAUAGUGAAUGCGGGGUCCGGGGAGAGCGGAUAUAGUGAAUGCGGGGUCCGGGGAGAGCAGAUAUAGUGAAUGCGGGGUCCAUGGAGAGCGGAUAUAGUGAAUGCGGGGUCAGGGGAGACCAGAUAUAGUGAAUGCAGGGUCCGAGGAGACCAGAUAUAGUGAAUACAGGGUCCGGGGAGACCGGAUAUAGUGAAUGCGGGGUCCAGGGAGACCGGAUAUAGUGAAUGCGGGGUCCGGGGAGAGCGGAUAUAGUGAAUGCAGGGGUCCGGGGAGAGCGGAUAUAGUGAAUGCGGGGUCCGGGGAGAGCGGAUAUAGUGAAUGCAGGGUCCGGGGAGAGCGGAUA